ACGCGAGCUGAGCUAGAAAGAGAGAGAGAGAAUACAAUACACAAACGAGUGAUUUUAGAGAGAGAGAGAGAGAGAUCUGAGUAGAAGGAGGUGACGUUGUGGGAAAUUAUGGCGGCGGUUAGGAGAAGAGAGCGAGAUGUGGUGGAAGAGAAUGGAUUUACCACGCCGCCGACGAUGGUGAAGAGGAGGAAGAUGAUGGAGGAGGAGGAGGUGGUGGUGGAUGUAGUGGAAUCAUCAAGGAUAAUAUUGUCGCCGUGUGUACAGGCGACGAAUCGUGGCGUAACCGUGGCAAGGAAUUCAGCUGGAGCUUCGGAGACGAGUGUUGUUAUCGUCCGACGGCGAGAUUCGCCACCACCUCCGCCGGCGGUUGAAGAAGAUUCGUCUUCGUCGUCGGUUUCGUGUUGCUCUAGUAAUAAUAAUAGAUCCGAUAAAGAGAAAUCGAAACGGAGAAUCGAAUUUGUAGAUGUAGAGGAAAUUAGCGGUGAAGAUGAUCAAAGUGGAACGUCGUGGAUUCAUGAUGAUUUUAAUAAGAGGAGCGAUUCGUGUGGUGAGGAAUCAUCGGUGAACAUGAGAGAGGAGUCAGAAGAAGUUGAGCCUCGUCGUCGGUUAAAGAUGAAUAAGUUGAAGAAGAGCUGUGAGACGACGACGACGACGGUGAAGGAAACUGAGUUAGAAGAUUUUUUCCAAGCGGCGGAGACAAAUCUACGGAAUAAAAUGUUGGAAUGUUCUAUGAAGUAUAACUUUGAUUUCGAGAAAGAUGAGCCGCUCGGAGGACGAUACGACUGGGUUAAAUUGAAUCCAUGAGGAAGCUUUAUGAUGAUGAUGAUGAUUAUGAAGACUCAUCCAAUUUAUGUACUUAAUUUUCUUCUCUUCUGUGUAAUCAUAUUUGUUUUUACAAGAUCCAAAUGUAUAUAUCUUUCCUUUCUUUGUUUUCUCUUUAAAUAAUUGAUAACUUGUAAAAUCCAAAUUUCUUUUGUCAUUCAUUAGUAUUUAAUUAGAGAUCCAUGUUUUUCUGGA